CAUGGAUGCUGUUAGAAGACUACUAUUGACCAAACAUGAAACAAAGUUGCAAAAAUUACUUGAUAAUAAAAACAAUUUUUUUUUCGCUACCGACUUUCUUGUACAGGAAGGCAUCUACAACUGUGAACAAGGUCAAGACAAUAAGCAAAGCUAUGAAGAAAGCAAUGACAAAGCAAAAAUAAUAGAUGCAACUAUUAAUGAUAUUUUCAACAAUGAAUUCUCCCUGACGGGACUGUUCAGUGAAAUGGACAAUAAACAAUCACAACAGUUGGCUCAAAACUUUACCGACGAAAAGAAAGUUGAAGUUUGGGAAAAUUUGAUAAAACUUGUCAAAAUGAGGCGAAAAGAAGAACUUUCAAAUGUUCCAAUCCUUCCAUUGAGACAAAAUAAUAGACAAAAAUUAGAUAGUUUUAGAGUUCCAUUAAAACUGUCACAGACUAAGGAAAAUGUUGAAAAUGAAGAAACAACAGUUGAACUUGAGGAAGAAGAGGUUUUUCAAGAAAUAUUUGAAAAAAAAAUAAAAGAAAAGAAAUGGAUAUUUGUGGGAUGUCCUGGAGCAGGUAAGACUCUUCAAAGUCAACAAAUCAUCUACAACUGGUCCAACAACAAGGAGGCAGCUUAUCAGUUAAAACACCAACUGCUGCUCUCUAUAAAUGUUAGUCGAAUAGAUGAGGAAGCCAACAGUCUAUCUGCAGUGGUGAAAAAGCAAAAUUUCAACAGCCAAAUAUUUGACUACAUCAGAGAAGAUACUGUAGAGGCAUUGUUGAAAGAUGAUAAUUCAAAGACAACUCUCUUGAUAGAUUUAGGUAAGGAAUGUUUUUUGAAAAAGCAGUGGAUAUCAACACUUUUAUUGCAAGAAAAAUAUCCAAUAAGAAUGAUUAUCUGGGUGGAAAGUUUACAAAACAAUGAUUUAAGAAUAAAUGCUGCUGGUGUAUUUCAACUGUUAAAAUUUAAUGAUCAACAAAUUCAAGCAUUAUACACAAAAAUGGUGAAACAGCAAAGUAAACAAUUAUGGGACUUCAACUCGAAAUUAAGGCAAUUGAGUGAAACUCCAAAGAUUGCUAUGAUAAUCUCGAGCCUUUGGUUAGAAAACAAGGACCUGUUUAACAAGAAGACUCCAUAUUCUAUGUUGGAUCCAAUAUGCAAAUAUGGCCAGCACUUUGAAGAGAAAGAUGUUCAAAAGAAUUUCUUUCAAUUUUGUUUCAACAACAUCAUACAAGAAGAUGGUAGCCCAAUUCAAGAGUUUGACAAAAUAGAGGAAAUAGCGAAAUGCUAUUCAAAUGUUCUAUUUACAAAAGUUGAUGACACUCACUCUGAGCCUAAUUUGAAAUUUCAUUGCAACUUGUUCAAAGAGUAUUUUGCAGCAAAACAUUUAGAAACACAAGUUGAAAAUAUGAAGAAAGCAAAGGAGAGCGAUAAUAUAAUGGAAAUGGAAAAUAUUUACGAAAUCAUCAAUAGAACUAAGAAUCCAAAGAUUUAUAAUAUAAUAGCAUUUCUUGCAGACUACUGUGAGAAAACCUACAACAAAAUGAUACUGGAACCCUGCUUUAAAGAUAAGGUUUUGAAAGAUAAAGAUUUACAAGAAUUAAUUAUUGGCAAUGAUUCUCACCAAACAGUCAGAGUGAAAAAGGAGACAUUAAACGAGUAUACAAUAGGAAUCAUCUUUAAAAGGUUUCAAGAGGAAAUUGAGGAAUUGGAGCUGAGCGAAUGUACAUUUAGAGAUGAUUCAGAUAAAAUCUGCUUCUUCGAAAGGAUUAGCAAUUGUAAAAAAUUGAAAUGUUUAAUCUUUGAAGAAGAGGAAAUCAGGCUAAAUGAUCUGGAAAUGAAUUUUGAUAAAUUACUCAAAUCAGUUUUGAACAUGAAAAAGUUGAAAAAGCUCAUUCUCAAGUCAACAACAACACCAAUAAACACAAGGGAAUAUGAUAUUGAAGCAACAGCAAGUGACCCAUUUUAUGAAGACAAAGAUUCGGCUACUUUAAGAAUUACUCUAUCAAAUCUUGACAAAAAAUAUGGGUUAGGUCUUGUCAUCAGUAUCAAAGAAAACGAAAUAGUUGGAGUAGAGUACUUUAGUAUUGGAAUGAACGAUGAAAUAACAACAGGAUUUGUAGAAAUGAUAACAAAUAUUCAUACUUUGGAAUCAAUUACAUUAAAUAAUAAAAUAUUAAAAAGUGAAUUUUGUAAACAAUUCUUUCAUCAACUGGAAAGUUUAGAAAAUUUAAAAAAUACUUUUAUUAUAAAUUGUCAAUUGGAUGAGAUAGAUGAAGAUUUUUUUAAGCAAUGCAGCAAACAUUUCUGCAAUUACUACUCAAUGUUUCAUGAGCAGAAAAGCAAUGAUUCCAUUCAAGACGAUCUCCCUAGUAAUUAUAGAGCAUUUUUAAAUACUAAUCAAUCGCUUCUUCCCUCCAACAGAAAUAAAUCCAACACCAAUAAUAAGGCACUCAACGAAAUAUCUAUUGUAAUUGAGGAUGAAUCGCCAAGGAUUCUCCUCAACUCCGAUGUUCAGAAUGAAAUGUUUCAGAUUAUUCCGUUAAAAGAUGAAAAACACAACAAAUUCAUCGAAGAAGCGAUUAGAAGUGAUUUUAUAAUGUUUGCUGAAAUUCCAUUCUUUUAUGGAGCUUCUACUGAAGAGAAGAAGAAAUUCUUUCUCAACUUUUCACAGUUCAGCAAUGAAAAGAAAAAAACAAUGAAUUUGAACAAGGAAGACAAGGAAGAGAAUGAGAAGGUUGAUAAUUGCAGACUAUUUAUGAGCUAUGUCAUGAAAAGUAAUGCUAUUCAGAGAGUUUCAAUGACUAAUUUCAACAUUUUUGGAUUUUUGGAAGAAUUUGAAAAAUUUAUGAAUAUAUCAUUCCAGAAAUUGAAAUAUUUCCACCUGGAAAAUAUUGAAAUAGAUAACAGAAUCAGUUCAAUCUUUUCAAGUUGCCUUUUCUCUUUAAAAGGUUUACAAUCAAUUAAACUAAAGGAUGUGAAAUUUAUUGAUAAAGCAAUGCUAAUUUUCUGGCAAGGCCUAAAUUCAAUGAAAAGUGGAAUAAAAGAAUUUUCAGUUGAGAAUUGUUACUUGGAUAAAGAGAGUUGUUUUCUCCUUAGUCAAAUAAUCAAGAAUUUCAAACAGUUGGAAUAUUUGCAUUUAUCGCAAAUUAUCUGUUUGGAUUCUGAAUUUAACCAUAUUUUCAAAAAGGUAAAUAAAAAAUUGAAAUCUGUAAAUCUGUCAAAAUGCAACUUAAAUCGUGUUUAUCAAUAUGAAAAUCUUAUCAUUUUGCUGAAGAAUUUAAAAAAUUUAUCUCAAAUCGAUAUCUCACACAAUACGCAAUUUUACGGAAUGUUCCGAGAGGUUAUUGAGAGUUUAGAGAAUUCGUCGAGUAAGUUAAAAAGCAUCAAUUUGAGUAGAUGCAAAUUAAACGAGAAUAGUCUAAAAGUUGUCAGUAAAUUCUUAAAGAAAUGCUCCCAAUUGGAAAAUCUAGAUUUAAGUGGAAAUGUAAUUAAUGAGGAAGUUUGCUCUGAUUUGUUUACAGCUUUAUCAACUAAUAAAAUUAUGAAAAUUUUAAAGAUUAACGAUUGCAAACUGAAAAUUGGCAAAAGUAAUAAAUUGAAAGAAUUCCUGGCUGAAUGUAAAUGCUUAGAGAUUUUCUGGAUACAUAAUAAUGUUGAAAUUAGAGAAGAGAGAAUGGCGGAAAUAUUUGAAGCUCUUUCACAGUCAUCAUCCAAGUCAACAAUAUUAAAGUUGAAUUUUUCUAAUUGUAAUCUCUCUCAGAAAAGUUUGAAAGCAUUUUGGGAUCUUUUCAAAUCUCUACCAAAUGCUCAAAGUAUAAAUUUGAGUAGAAAUGAAAAUAUUGGCAAGCACUUGAACAUUUUCUAUUCAAGUGUACAAUCAAAUCAGAGUAACUUACUCUACUUGGAUAUUUCUAGUUGUAAAAUAAGGGAUCUCAAUACUGUUGAUGAUGAAAAUACUAAAGAGUAUCUAUUGCAAGAUUUAACUGCAACAAAUUUUUAUCACUUGGAAGGAGGACUCUUUUCAACAAAGUUUCAAAAUAAAGAUUUAAACUAUUUCAGGAGUAUUCUCCUUGAGAAAAUGUCUGUACAAACUUUGGAACAGAAUUUAGUUUCCAGGAAAUACCAGUGUAAUGAUGUCAUCAAGCUUAAGGAAAGCCUUUUGAAAGACAUAAAGAGUGAACAGCCUGAUGAUUUUAACAACUUAUCUCAUUUUAAGAAAUGCAUAUUGAAUGAGUCGUUAUUUAAGGAUGAAGCUGUUAGGGAAUUUAGAAAUCUUCUUUUUCAAGAUUUGAGAAAUUGGGCUUUGAAAAAUUUACAUAAUUUCUUUAUGGCUUUCAGAAGAUUGAAAUACCUGAAUUUGAGUAAUAAUGAACCUCCUAUGCUUGAAAUUAUACCUGCAAUAAUUAAGUCUUGUGCUCCUUUUCUUCAUUUCUUGAUUUUGAGAUCCUGUAAGUUGUCGUACAGAGAACAUGGACAGAAUUUGAGCCAUCUUCUCAUUUAUUGCAGAUCUUUACGUUACUUGGACAUGAGUUCAAAUGAGAACCUGUUGGAAAUUUCAAAUGAUGAUGAUCAAGAGAAUGACAUCCAGAUUAUAUCAAAAUUGAAAUUAGCAAGUCCAACACUGCAAUCUUUAAAAUUCAAUUUGUGCAAUUUCAAUGAACAAAAUGGCAAAGAGUUGGCAGAACUACUGAAGGUAUGUCCAAAUUUAAGUGAAAUUGACAUUGGCGGAAAUCCAGCUAUUACUAACAGUUUAGGUGAAAUAUUUGAUUCAUUAAGAAAAUCUUCCAACUUGAAAGUUUUCAAUAUAAACAAAUGUCCAAUAACCAAACAUUGUUUAGAUAGCUUGAGCAAAUUGUUUGAUCAUUGCCACUACCUUGAGGAGAUCUAUAUAACUUUUGGUGAAAGGCAAGACAACAGCAGACCAACUGCUAGAACAACAAAGGACAAGGAGAGGGAGAAGGGGGAGGAGGAUAUAGAGAAGGAGAUGGAGAAGGAGUUUAUGGAAAAGGAGAUAGAGAAGGAGAAGAAGGAGAAGGAGAAGGAGGACACAGAGAAGGAAUUGGAGAAGGAGGAGAAGGAGGAUAUGGAAAAGGAGAUAGAGAAGGAGAAGAAGGAGAAGGAGAAGGAGGACACAGAGAAGGAAUUGGAGAAGGAGGAGAAGGAGGAUAUGGAAAAGGAGAGAGAGAAGAAGGAGAAGGAGAACAAGAACAAGAACAAGAACAAGAAAAGACUACUGUCAGAUAUAUUUAAACAUUUAAAGAAUUCUUCAUUGACAUUGAGAGUAUUUCACCUGUCAGGUUCAAUUAUAAAAGAGGAUAUAGAUAAUAUCGUCAAUUUUUUAGUCAAAUGUCGAAAUUUGAGUAAUGUAACAUUGGAAAUAAAUGAGGAAAGCAGAUUAUUAAUUUUAAAGAAGAUAACCGAUAUUAUCUCAUCAAAUAGUGUCUAUCAUUCAAAAUUCUUUCCUUGGCUUAACAAAGCAAAAAGUAAUAUGUCGAAUAUAGUAAAAAAGGCUAGAUUGAACAAUGACAAUGGUCAAAAUCCCAGCUUAACCAGAAUUUGGCAGAAUUUUGUAAACUUAACAGCUAACUGUCAUAAAAAUUAUUUAGAUGGCGUGAAAUUUCUACCCAAUAUCGACCUAAAAACAGUUGCUCAACCAGAAUACACCAAAUUUUUCAACCAAUUAUAUAUGCCAUUACUUUUGAAGCAAAUUAAACCUUUUCAAAAAACAACCAGCAAUUUAGCUGAUGUUAUGUUUUUGGAAUCCAUCAGCAAUUCGGCAGUGAAUAAUUUCAUUAUUGGAUCGGCUCAAAUUGGCAAAACAACACUGUUCAAUAGAAUUCUGUAUUUAUGGUCGAAGGAGGAGAAACUGCAAAAUCUUUUGGUAUUAAGGUUAAUGUUGAGUGAGAUAAAAAGCCCCAUAUCCUUAGUUGACUGCUUGUUUGAUUCAAAUUAUAAACAUUUGAGAAACGGCAUUAAUAGGAUAAAGGAGAAUUUGAAUAUGCUUUUGGAAUAUUAUCCCAAAAAGUUGUUGAUUCUUAUUGAUGAUGAUGAAGAACAUUCAAACUAUCCGGAUAGUAAUCUAAGCAGAAUUCUUAGAGAAGAGAUGGCAUGGAAAAUUAGAAAGUUGAUUUUCAUUAGAAAUUUAAGGCAACCAUCAAUUCCUAUAGAUUAUAUAUUCACAAUAAAAGGUAUCAAUCCCAAACACAAUAUGAACAGUCUUAAGGACAUCUAUUGUAGUUAUUCUGGAAGCAAUACAUUUUCAGCAAUCAAAUACAAUUAUUCCAUGUUGAUGACUUCUUUAAAAGGCUUCAAGGAAUUUUGCACUCAUCCUUUGUGUUUUUUACUUGUAUUUUUAACUUUAUCUGAGAAGUAUAAUCAACAUGAUCCUGCCUUACAAAAUGCAAUUCAACAGUUUAUAAAGAUUUUAAAUGAGAAGAAAAGGAGUCAUUUCCAAUGGGAAAAUAACAACAACAAUACAAAUGAUGUCCUAGUACAAUACUAUACAAAUUUAACAUCAAUGAAGCUUGACAGUCUCUUAUCCACUGGAAUUAUAAGAUAUAAUCCACAAGCUAUUUUCCCUUUAAUUCAUGGUUGGAAUAAAUUAUUCAUAUUACCUGCAAUUGAAAAUUACUACCUGAGAAAAUUCUUUGUCUCCAGAUCAUUAGAUCCAUCAGGUGUGCCAUUGUUUAAAGCACUUUCCGAAGGGAAAUUUCUGGGAAGUACCUUAUCUUUAAACAUUCGGAAUGCAGGUGAUAUGAGCCUCUUCCUCUACCUAUGUAAGAAAUCUGUACACCAAUUCAAUAAAAUAGUAAUUAAGUAUAAGGGUGACAAAAGAAUCUUUUUAGCCUUACAGAAAAGGCAUAAACAAGAUAUUAAAGUUUUAGCAAUAGUCAACCUUUGUGCAAGUGAAGUGUUCUGUCCAGCCAAAAAUAACAGUACAGUUUUUGGUCAUUUAAAGAAUGUAAUUGAAAAAAGUCUGCUUCAAUUUCCAAGUAACAGUAAUUUAUUGCUAAAAGAGAUGGUGAUGAAUUUUACAUAUAUGGAUUUGAAUUCUUACAAUUUGAAAUCAUUUUUCACUGAUACAACCAGUACAUUCAUCUAUUGUACAGAAAUUCUGUUGAGUGAUGCAAGUUUGAACGAGAUCACUUGCAAACAUCUGCAAACAUUCCUGUCUAUGCAAUUCUCUUUAAAAGUCUUUGAUAUAAGUUUCAAUAGAAUUGGUAAUGAAUGCCUUCAAAGAUUCUUCCAAAGUCUCUCUCCCAGUGCACCCAUUUUGGAAUGUAUUUUUAUUCAAAGUAUUGCAAUUGACAAUAACAUUGUAAAAGCUUUCAUAGACUUUUUAAAUCAACUGCAAAACUUGCUAAAAGUGGAUAUAUCAAAUAAUGAUUUGACAAAAGAAUACAAACAACAAAUGAUCAAUUUUGCUAUAGAAAAAAAGCGAAAGGGUGGAAGAAAGGUGUCUUCUAAAAAUGGAGAUCCAAGAAUUGACUUUUCAACUGCACAGAGAAAGGAAAGGAUUUUCAAACAUGAAAGAUUUACUGACAAUUUUCAGUUUGAUAACUUUGACAGUCAAUUCUUGUCAUUAAAUAUUUCACCUAAAACCAGGCAGCAUUUUGGGUUGAAAAAUGGUUACCAGGAAAAAUCAUCUAUUGCAGAUAUUCCUGCAAUUACCAUACCUCUGGUCCAAAACUACAAGAGAGGGGAAACUUUCCAGCAGAAUGGGGCUAGUUGUCAUACAGCAGCCAGAACAAAAGCAUAUCUGAAGAGAAAGGGAGUAGAAACGCUGGACCCAUGGCCAGGAAACAGCCCAGACCUGAACAUCAUUGAGCAAAUAUGGGGCAUAUGCCAAAAAUGUUUAAUGGCACAUCAGGCAAGAAACAAGGAUGAGCUGUGGGAGAUGUUCAGAGAGGAAUUUUUUAAAAUUCCAGAAUUGGAAAUUCAAUUCUUAUAUGAGACAAUUGAAAGAAGGCUUAGGGCAGUUGUGGAAGCUAAGGGUAUGUACACAAAAUAUUAA